AUGGCCCAGGCGGGCCCGCGAGCGUGCGCGACGGCAGCGGAGCCCCCGGCCCCGGUCCCCCCGGCCCCCCCGGAGAGGACCAGCGACUGCUACCGCGUGGACGACGACCUGCCGGCCAGGUUCAACAACCCGGCGUGGUUUCGGGGCUACGGGACCAAGAAGGCCAUCUCAGUGUAUAGGACCAGUAAUGGUGCCUAUGGGAGCAGAGCCCCCACUGUGCACGAGAUGCCGAAAGUAUUUUAUCCAAAUUCGAAUAAAUUUUCCAGACAACUUGCAGCUGGUGGAAUGUUCCAGAACAAUACCUUCAACGUCUCCAUGGAGAAGAGCGUUGUGACGGGUCCCGACAACCACAUCACCCCCUACGACCGGUUCAACUUCCACCCCAGUUACAACGUCAGCAAGCCGUCCUUCUGCGCUUGGCCGGCCUCCUGACC